AUGAGUAAUAGCAACAGUCGGAAAUUGUACACCAACAUGGAGAGACCAUCCUCGUCCGCCAUGCAGAUGCUCUAUGCGGAGCUGGCAGCAGUGAAAUCUCAAAAUACUCGCCUCGAGGAAGAGAAUCUAUUGCUGCAACAUAGAUUGAAUCGUGUGUCCACUGAUCAACAUACAAAUUCCGCAGUGAAUGUCGAGGCCAAGAUCAAGGCCUUCCAAAUGGAAGAGGAACGUGAUCGCAUAUUGGAAACCUUGCAGCUGCACAAGAAGAAGUAUAAUAAGUUGCACGAUGCCUAUCUGGAAAAGGUGACGCGUUGCAAGGCGUUGGAGGAAAUGUUUAAAAGGCAAAAAACACUUACGGGCUUGGUUAUGAAAUCAGCAGUAGAUCAAAGGAAUUCAGAACAGCAAUUGCUUUUGGAGAAGCGCCGAUCACAGCAACAAAGUGAGCAAAACAAUGCUGCAGAAGUGCAGCAGCUGCAAGCGAAAAUCGCAAAGAUGCAAAAGGCUUUGGACGAGUCUUAUGACAUAAUUGAUGAGAUGGACUUUGAGCUAGAAAGCGUUGAUUUGCUGGAGAUGCAAAAUAAAAACUUACGUGAUGAGAUUUCGGCUUUAAAGGCGCAAUUAGCGACGGCUCCUCCAAUGCCGACAGAUAUCGACGAUCCACCACCAAAAUAUGCGCCGGCAGAUCCUGCAGGUCUCGAUGCACAUCGUGACUACCGCCGAAAGGUUGCGUCCACCCGCGACAGUGAAUAUUUCCUGAAAAACGACGAUGCCGAUGCUGAGACACUGGAACGUGCCGCCAUGACUCAUAGCCUGGUUCAAACUGUUGAGGCAGAAAGCAAUUGCCUGCGCCGUGAGCUUUUGCGUUCGCGUUAUCGACUCUCCAUACGUGCUAAAUUGGAGAAAGAAGAGGAGGAGGAAAAUCAACAAGACGACUAAAAGUGGACAUUAAUUAAAC